AUGCUUUGGGUUGAUGAGUUCGUUAUUAUUUGGGAUGCAUUCGCAGUGCUUGCACCCAUCGGUCCAUUGCGACGUAUCAGUGGAAAAGCUCAUUCUGAUUACAAAUCCUUCAGAACGCUCCAUUCUUUUCGCCGUUAUCAAUCAUCAGUUCGUCUUGGCAUGGGCGACUUCAUUUUCUAUAGUUUGCUGGUAGAUAAAACCUCCGCGACACGUAGUACAAUGUGCGUUGCUGACUCAAUGGCUGGCUGGCUGGCUGGCAUACUCACCCUGGCAGUACUGUCUAGCUACGAUGAACCCACUACAGCACUGUCUGUUCCGAUCGAUUACCAUCGCUGUACUGCUACAUUCCGGCAUUUAUCUGUUCGUCGAACCAUUCCAUAA